UGUGUGUGUGUGUAUGACAGAGAGCUGUCAUCGAACUGUCUUCCCUUCACUGACUGAAAAUAAAGUGUGGUGCUGCACAUGUGCUGUUUAGAAUAACAACAAAAGUUUUCUUCAAAUUUACCAAUUUCUCGGCAUUCGAAAAUGUCGUCGUCAUUUUUUCUAAAAGGAAAACCGAAACCAAACAAAAAGCGAAAGUUCCCCAACGACAAAAAACCGUCGUCCACUAAACAAAUCGUAGAAAAAUCCGCCAAAGAAGAUGAUAACGAAGAGAUUCCCAGCGAUGACGAGGAGGACAUCGAACAUUCCGAAUCGGCACAAAAUUUCCAAUUCUCCGAUGAGGAGGACAACGAAACGCCACAGGAUAAGCGUCUGAAGUUGGCCAAAAAAUAUUUAGAGGAAAUCGAAAAGGAAGAACGAAGCCGAGCUGAUGACAAGGAUGUGCGUCGCGGAAUUACAAAACGUUUGGCCAACGAGUAUUUGGACAGUGUGGGUAAAUUGCGACGCACGGUGGCUGAUGAAUUGGCUGGCUUUGAUGAUAGUUGUGUGACGGUGCUUAAGCAUAAACUACAAAAAGUUCCGAUCACAUGCGUGUGCUUGUCAGCGGAUGGAAAUUUUAUGUUUAGUGGCAGCAAGUCGCAGUUCGUCGUUAAAUGGAAUGUGCAGGACUUGAAACCGGUAGGAUUUUUUGAUUGCCUGAAAGUGCCAAACACAACUGGUGAAUCCAGUAAAAAGCACCGACCGCAAAUAUGGGCGAUGGCUCUGUCGACAGAUUUUAAAUUUUUGGCUGUAGCAGAUAUGAGUAAAUCCAUUCACAUUUGGUGUCCGAAAGAUCUAAUCCACCUACAUACGUUAACCGGUCAUCGGGACACUGUGACUGCCUUAGUUUUUCGAAAAGACUCCCAUCAACUGUUCUCUGCGAGCAAUGAUCGAUCGGUGAAAAUUUGGUCCGUCGAUGAAAUGGCAUACAUUGAGAGCCUGUUCGGUCAUCAGUCACCUGUAACUGGCAUUGAUGCAUCGAUACGAGAGCGUGCUAUCACAUCCGGUGGCCGUGACUGUACGAUCCGAAUAUGGAAAAUCACCGAAGAAUCACAGUUGAUUUACAACGGCCACAAAGGUAGCAUUGAAAAUGUGAAACUAAUCAACGAGGAACAUUUUCUGUCAUCAGGCGAUGAUGGAUCUCUCUGCAUUUGGAGUGGCAUGAAAAAGAAACCGCUGUGCGUGAAAGAAUUGGCUCACGGUAAAGCGGAAAACGGUGACGCCAAUUGGAUCAGCUCAAUUGCGACCAUGUUCAACACAGACGUCAUUGCAUCAGGUUCGUGCGAUGGUGUGAUAAAACUGUGGAAAUUGGGCGAUCAUUAUCGGACCAUAACGUUGCUGUUCGAUGUGCCGGUCAAAGGUUUUGUAAAUAGUUUGGCCUUCACAAGCAAUGGCGAAAAGUUAAUAGCCGCUGUCGGUCAGGAACAUCGACUCGGUCGAUGGUGGAGAAUGAAAGAGGCGGCAAAUCGAAUUUUGGUUAUUUCACUGAAUAAAAAGGCAGUCGAGUGAAUUGUUUUCCAAA